AAAUAACGAAAGCACGUAAACUACCAACCCUUAUCCGGGACAGCUAGAUGGACGAACGCCCGCAAAUAGGUUUACCUCCUGAAACGAAGCCGAAAUGUGAAGUCUUGCCAUCAGACGUGCUGAAAGUGGUCGUUGGUGAAGAGGAGCAGCAGCAGCGGAGCUUCAAGGUGAAGGAAGAGGAGCCAGAGACCCCCCACAUUAAAGAGGAAGAGGAUGAGCACAGCAUCAGUCAGGAGGAAGAGGAGCGUGAGUGGCUGGAGGAGGCUGACAUCAGCAAGGUACACGUGAAGAGUGAAGGUGAUGAUGAGGAGCAAGGCGAGUGGUCACAGUGUCAUCAGAGAAAGGAGCAGGCGAGCCGUCAAGAGGCCGACCUGGUCUUAGGUGCACUGUCAGACUGUGAAGACACAGCAUCGCCAGCAUCUACGGACACUGGUGACAGCGACCACACUGAAGAACCCCUGAAGGGGGACCGCAUGAAACACUUUCAGUGUUCUCAAUGUGACAAACGUUUUGGAAAAAGGAAAAACCUGACAACCCACAUGUCCCUUCACACGCUAGAAACUCCUUUCAGUUGCUCGUUUUGCAGCAAAACCUUUAAGAAGCGCUCCAAUUUAAUUGCCCACUGUCGCAUUCACACCGGAGAGAAACCUUUCUCCUGCUCACUUUGUGGUCUCAGGUUCUCUCAGAAAGGCAGCUUAGUGAGACACACCACGACUCACACGGGAGAGAAGACCUUCACCUGCUCCAUCUGCAACAUAAGUUUGUGCCAGCGCUCCGACUUAAUCGUUCACUCUCGCAUUCACACUGGAGAGAAACCUUUCACUUGCUCACUCUGCGGUGUCAAAUUCUCCCAGAAAGGCAGUUUGGCCAGACACGAGAGAAGUCACACCGGAGAGAAACCUUUCUCUUGCUCAAUCUGCAACAGCAGCUACAGUCGGCGGUCAGCUUUGGUCCAUCACAUGAGGACACACACGGGGGAGGAGCCAACGAGUUGACUAUGUGAUGAAAACCUGGAACUUUGACUGGUAAAACAUGUUAUAAAUUAGUGUUAUUAUAUAUUUUAUAGCAUUCAUUCUCAUGAUCAACAUCCAAUAUGCUAAUCAAAUCAAACCUCCCUUGCCUUAAAGCAGGGGUGUCCCAAAUGCAGCACUGGGCUUGCUUUUAUUAGCAAAAAACAACAAAGAUCAGCAAAAAUGAGAAAAAUAGAGCACACAUGCACAAUGCGAAUAGGAAAAAAGGUGGAAUGUUGAUGCUAACUCGCAAGAUAAGAUUAUCCAUGAGAUUGGGUCAGCGGACACUUUGCUUUUGUUGCUGAUGGCUUGUAUUUAAUGACUGAAUAAAUGGAUGAUGCAAGAAA